GGCGGGCGGGGCCGGACCGCGGGGCCGGGCCGGGCGGCUCGAGCCCGCCGCCGCCGCCAUGCCCAAGGUGGUGUCGCGGUCCGUCGUGUGCUCCGACACCCGCGACCGCGAGGAGUACGACGAUGGGGAGAAGCCGCUGCACGUUUACUACUGCCUGUGCGGGCAGAUGGUGCUGGUGCUCGAUUGCCAGCUGGAGAAGCUGCCGAUGCGGCCGCGGGACCGCGCCCGCGUGAUGGACGCGGCCAAGCACGCCCACAAGUUCUGCAACGCCGAGGAGGAGGAGAGCGUCUUCCUGCGCAGACCCGAAGGCAUAGAGCGGCAGUUCAGGAAGAAGUGUGGCAAGUGUGGACUGCUGCUUUUUUAUCAACACCAACAGAAAAAUGCUCCUGUGACGUUCAUUGUCGAUGGUGCUGUGGUCAAAUUUGGCCAGGGUUUUGGGAAAACAAACAUAUAUACUCAGAAACAAGAACCUCCUAAAAAGGUGAUGAUGACCAAACGGACCAAAGACAUGGGCAAGUUCAGUUCUGUCACAGUGUCCACAAUUGAUGAAGAGGAGGAGGAGAUUGAAGCGAGGGAGAUUGCAGACUCGUAUGCACAGAAUGCAAAAGUGAUUGAGAAACAGCUGGAACGUAAAGGGAUGAGCAAGAAAAGGCUACAAGAGUUGGCUGAGUUGGAAGCCAAGAAAGCCAAGAUGAAGGGAACCCUGAUUGAUAACCAGUUCAAAUGAAAUGCUGGGUAUUCGGAGACAGGAGAAAACUACCACGAGCUGUCACAGUUCUGUCAACAAAGCAGAAGUAACAGACAACGUUCAAGAGUUGCACUGUGCUGCAGCCAGCUUGGAGGAUGAGAGCCUCUCUGUAUUCCUCUGUAUAAGUGAUACUCUGGGUACCAGUCUUAACUCCAAUGGCACUGGAGACUUUGCACCAACUGCAGUUCUCUACAGACCCAGUGUUAGGAACAGGCUGUUCCAGGUAGAAUAUUUACUUUCAAGAAAAUCUUUGCUGGGUGCCUCCCCAAGUUCACCUUUAGAUACCUUUUUAUUUUGGAGUUUUCAAAAGUGUUUCCUUGAAUACACUGGAACGAUGGGUGACCGUACAACAAAGAAAUCCUUACAAAAGUAAGCUCUAUGUCUUUUGUUCAUUUUAUUAUCUUAAAUGUGUCCAAAAUGUUCAGCAGCCUGAGCCAUGCCAUUCCAACACAGUCUGGAAUGACUGGGAUGCAAGGCUUGGGCAUGGUGCUGCUGCUCAUCCUGACCUGCCAGAGGCAGCCAGCACAGACUGGGCUGCAGAACUGCAGUCUCAGCUCCCCCUGAACAUCACAAGGCUGCAGUUGUACAGAAUUACGCACAGACACAUACAAGAAUAUAAAAUCCAAGUCUGUUUUAAACUACUGUAAAUAAAAACUGCUACUAAUGAGUUCAAAUACAUGGUUGGAAGUUACUGAUACAGCCAGUGAUCGUUAAAGAAUACAGCUGCAUAUCUGAAAUAGCCCAUUGGGCAAAACAAUAUCAGUAUUUGGAGUUGUGAAAUGUGAAGGAAAAAUUGAUUGGAAUGUACUGACCACUAAGGACCUGGAUAGACAAUAUUACACACCAGCUUUUAAAGUACCUUGUUUGGAUAAUAGUACUUUGUGUCUCUUGUGUGAUGUAAUAACAGUGCUCUCUAGCCCAUGUCUUUGUUGCUCUACAUUGGAUUAAAUACCAUGUUACAGAUUUGAAGUAAAAUACCUCUCCUGAGAUGUUCUUACUCUACCAAGUAAACACAUCAUAAAAUGCAAGCAAUGAACAAGAUGCUUCCAUCUCCCACAAAUAUUAUGGAAAACUUCCUGUCAUCAAUAAAGAUUUUCCAUCUGGCUUUAUAACCCUGACUGGGAAAACUCAGAUCUUA